AUGGCUGUGAUGAAAGUCAAGUUCAACCAGAAGAAAAGAGUAAAGCUAGCCCAAGGACUAUGGCUCAUGAAUUGGGUUUCAGUGUUUGCUGGGAUCAUUGUUUUUUCAAUGGGAUUGUUCCUGAAAAUUGAGCUCAGAAAGCGAAGUGAAGUGAUGGACAAUUCUGAAAGCCACUUUGUGCCGAAUUCCUUGAUUUUGGUGGGUCUACUAGCCUGUGUAUUCAAUGGUCUUGCAGGCAAGAUAUGCUAUGAUUCUCUGGAUCCUGCUAAAUUUGCGAAGUGGAAGCCUCUUGUGAAACUUUACAUAGUGUUGUGCUUGUUUUUUAAUGUCUUCAUUUUUUUCAUUGCUCUUACUUGCUUUCUGAUGAGGGGCUCUCUGGAAAGUACAUUAGCAAACGGGCUAAAAAACGGGAUGAAGUUCUAUCGAGAUACAGAUACACCUGGAAGAUGCUUCAUGAAGAAGACCAUUGAUAUGCUCCAGAUUGAGUUCAAGUGUUGUGGAAACAAUGGUUUUAGAGACUGGUUUGAAAUUCAGUGGAUCAGCAACCGAUACUUGGAUUUUAGCUCCAAGGAAGUGAAAGAUCGCAUUAAGAGCAACGUAGAUGGCAGAUACCUGGUGGACGGUGUCCCGUUCAGCUGUUGCAAUCCAAGCUCCCCACGACCGUGCAUCCAGUACCAGGUCUCCAACAACUCAGCACAUUACAGUUACGACUAUCAAACAGAAGAGCUCAAUCUGUGGAACCGUGGCUGCCGGGAAGCUCUGCUUGCGUACUACAGUGGCAUGAUGAACUCCAUGGGGAUUGUUGUCCUCUUUGUCUGGCUUUUUGAGAUGUUGGUGAUGAUAGGACUGCGGCUGCUGCAUACCUCUCUGGAGAGCAUUACCAAUCCAGAAGAUCCUGAAUGUGAGAGUGAAGGGUGGGUCCUGGAGAAAAGCCUCAAAGACACUUUCAAAUCUACACUGGAAAAUCUGAAAAGUAUGGGUAAGUGGAACCAAGUGGAUGCAGGCGCUGAAGGUACGGAAGGUGAAGACGCCAAAACUCAAACUGUCUCAACUGUCAGUUGA